AUGUCUCUUCUGCGACGCACCCCAUCAGACCUAUUCAACUAUAUUAUGUGGCACCGACAUAUCAAAAACGACAAGCAAUACGGGUCGGUCCUAAAAUUCAUAGUCAAGCACAUAUUACUUUCAAAUUGGUACCUAAGUCUUCACCGAUCAGAGUCGGUGUUCACAUUUAUGAAUCGUACCCCGUUCGUAGACAGAUCUGACUUCUGCAUUCGUCGAAAUGAUUGGCCUCAUGCUCUGGAAGUGGGAAUGGUUCAUCUUGUUGCCUGGACCAAAACGCCCAUCAACACUGACGAGAAUGGAGACCCGGACACAGGAUCAUGCGAGGCCAUCACUGACUUUAUCCACCGGGCUUUCUCAGGCCAUAUACAAGAAGGGCAUGUCGUUGAAGACAAUAUCCAGUGGUUUCGCAAUCGCGCGAAGUGGCAGAGUAUGAGGCGUUUGUAA